AUGGUCGUCGAUACCGCCUAUUACGACACGCUGGGUGUCCAGCCCACAGCCACCGAGCUGGAGAUCAAGAAGGCUUAUCGCAAGAUGGCUAUUGUCCACCACCCAGAUAAGAAUCCUAAUGACCCUACCGCCCACGAAAAGUUCCAGGCCAUCGGUGAGGCCUAUCAAGUUCUUUCCGAUUCCGAUCUACGCGCAGCCUACGAUAAGUUUGGAAAGGACUCUGCGAGACCGCAGGAGGGUUUCGCCGACCCAGCUGAGUUCUUCAGCUCCAUCUUUGGAGGCGAGGCCUUCGUGGACUGGAUCGGCGAGAUUAGCCUUAUGAAGGAUCUCACGGCUACCAUGGACAUCACGAUGCAGGAGGAGGAAGAAGCUGCCGCUGCUGAAGCCGCUGCUGCCGCGCAGGCCGAGGAGGAUUUCCCUGGCACUGAAGAUGCCAAGAAGGAGAGCCUCAAGGAGCAAGAACAGAAGGCAGAGGAAAAGGCUGCUGCCGCUGCAGAGCACCAAGCAGGCCCCCCACCGCCGCCUUAUGCUGCCGCUUCUGUCCACGACGACAAGGAGACCAAGCCCGCUUCACCUGCUGCGCCCGCCGCUGGCCUCUCCGCCGAUACCCCUCAGCGAACCGAUGCCACAUCACCUGCUCCCUCGUCGAGCUCACGCAGCCGAACCCAGAUCCCUCUUCGACCCGCACUAAUGGACAAGUCUCACGAGGACCUCCUCGAUGCAGAGGCGAACAAGGGCGAAUUGACAGAGGAGGAGCUCAAGCACAAGGAGAAGAAGAAGGGUGGCCUGACCAAGGAGCAGCGAGAGCAGCUGGCAGCAUACGAGAAGGAGCGCGCAAAGAUUCGCCAAGAGCGUGUCGACACUCUCGCUCGGAAGCUCCUUGACAGACUUAGCGUGUGGACAGAGACAGACAAGGGCCCUGACGUGACCAAAGCAUUCCAGGAGAAGAUGCGUCUCGAGGUUGAGAACCUGAAGAUGGAGUCUUUCGGAAUCGAUAUCCUGCACGCUAUCGGUCAAACCUAUGUCUCCAAGGCCUCGAGCUUACUCCGCAGCCAGAAGUUCUUUGGCAUCGGUGGUUUCUUCAGCAGACUCCGUGACAAGGGCACACUUGUCAAGGAGACCUGGAACACCAUCAGCAGCGCUAUUGACGCUCAACAGACCAUGGAGGAUAUGGCUAAGAUGGAGGAGAAGGGUGGCGAGGACUGGACUGAUGAGAAGCGUGCUGAGUACGAGAGACGUGUGACUGGCAAGAUUCUCACCGCUGCAUGGAGGGGAAGCAAGUUUGAGAUCCAGAGCGUUCUGCGUGAGGUCUGCGACAGCAUUCUGAACGACAAGAAGGUCCACCUCAACAAGCGACUCGAGCGCGCACAAGCUCUUGUUCUGAUUGGUGAUGUCUUUAUCCGGGCUGAGCGAUCUCCUGAAGAGGAGGGCGACUAUCUCGUCUUCGAGCAGCUCGUUGCCGAGGCCGCGAUGAAGAAGGACAAGGAGGAAGACCACAAGAAGAAGAAGGACCGCAAGUCUUUCCACAGCAAGGACAAGGAACCCAAAGACAAGGAGCACGCUACGACACCCUGA